CUGUUUUACGCUAGUUCCGUCUUCUCUCAUGCUGUGUUUGCGUAGACUGGGCUGAGGAGGAAGUCCAGAAAAAACAUUGCCUUGGAACAGGCACGAAACUGUGAAAGAGGAAGAGCGGACCCACAAGGAGAUCUUACAAGGACUUUCAGGAGAAGGUUUUUUUUAUCUGCCAGAUGCCUUGAACGCGGUGAGAGGUGUUGUUGGGGCUGAAGGGGUCAGAAAAGUGCUUUUGAAAGGAGAGGAGUGACACACUUUAUGUCAAGUCAACUCUGUGUUUGAAAGGAAGAGCUCUAACCAGACAAACCAGAUUCCUCCUGAUGGAUUUUAGAGGGAAACCCUACCCUGAAGCCUCAAAGACUGCUGAGGAAUAGACGUAACACACAGACACUCUCACACUAAUGAGUGGGAGAGGAGAGGGGCUAGAAGAAACAUGGAAGCACUGAGAGAGUCUUUUCUGCAUUUGACUUUUCAGAUGUCAACGUAUAAGAGAGCCACGUUGGAUGAGGAGGACCUGGUGGACUCUACCAGUGAUGACAUCUACCAAUCAUCCCCUAUGCAGGUGACUCUUCUGCAAGGCCGUGGUCCCACAUGUUGGCUAGACAAGACACAGAGGGAGAGGAGGCUACUGAUUUUACUGUGCGUCGUGUCUCUGGGCCUGUUCAUAUCUCUCAUCACAACUGGGGUCUUCUACAAACAGACUCACCCGGGCUUGUGCCUAACAGAGCCAUGCAUUACUGUGGCCAGUGCGGUCAUGGGAGCCCUGGACCGAUCCGUAGACCCCUGCCAUGACUUUUACAACUUUGCCUGUGGGGGCUGGAUGAAGAACAACCCCCUCCCUGAGGGCAAAUCCCGCUGGGGACCUUUCAGCAACCUCUGGGAGCACAACAUGCUUGUAAUGAAGCAUUUAUUAGAAAACACAACGAUGAAAGGUCUGAGUAAGGCUGAGGAAAAGGCCCAGCGAUAUUAUCAGGCCUGCAUGAAUGAGGCCAAGAUUGAGGAAUUAGGAGCCAAGCCACUGCAGGAGCUAAUCAGCCAGAUAGGAGGAUGGGCCCUGACCGGAUCAUGGGACAAGGACAACUUCCAGGAAGUUUUGCGUAUGGUGUCAGCCAACUAUCGCACCUCGCCUUUCUUCACUGUGUUUGUCAGCACUGACUCCAAAAACUCUAACAGUAACAUCAUCCAGGUGGAUCAGUCCAGCCUGGGACUACCUUCACGGGAUUACUACCUCAACAGAACAGCAAAUGAAAAGUAUUUGACCGCAUACCUCAACUUCCUGACGGAGUUAGGGGUUCUCCUAGGUGGCUCAAAGGAGAUGUCUCAGACGCUGAUGGAGGAGAUUGUGGACUUUGAAACCGCCCUGGCCAACAUCACAGUUCCUCAGGAUGAGAGACGGGAUGAGGAGCUCAUCUACCAUAAGAUGGAGGCCAAGGAUCUGACAACUCUGGUUCCUGCAGUGGACUGGAUGCCAUACCUCACAGAAGUGUUUGCUCCGGUGCCGCUCAAUGACUCAGAGCCGGUGGUUGUUUAUGCCAAAGAAUACCUCCAGAAAGUUUCUGACCUCAUUACAAAAACAAAUAAAAGCCUACUGAACAACUACAUGAUAAUGAAGGUGGUGAGGAAGAUGGUGUCCAUUUUGGACCAAAGGUUUCAGAAUGCAGAGCAGCGCUUCCUUGAGGUCAUGUAUGGAACAAAGAAGAGCUGCACUCCACGCUGGAAGCUGUGUGUCAGUGACACAGACAGCGCCCUGGGCUUUGCUCUUGGAGCCAUGUUUGUCAAAGCCACCUUUGCCGAGGACAGCAAAGCCAUUGCUGAAGAUAUGGUUGCAGAAAUUAAGUGGGCGUUUGAGGAUAGCCUGAAGUAUGUCAGCUGGAUGGAUGAGGACACAAAAAAAGCAGCAAAAGAAAAGGCAGAUGCGAUAUACAACAUGGUUGGAUAUCCAGAGUUCAUCAUGAAUGCCACAAAGGUGGACAAAGUGUUCAAUGAUUUUGAGGUGGUGUCAGAACUUUACUUCCAAAAUGUCAUGCAGUACUACAACUUCUCAGCCAGAGUGACUGCGGACCAGCUGAGGAAAAUACCCAACAGAAACCAGUGGAGCAUGACCCCUCCAACUGUGAAUGCAUAUUACAACCCUACCAAGAAUGAGAUGGUUCUGCCAGCGGGAAUUCUUCAGGCUCCGUUCUACAGUCGUUCCUGGCCUAAAGCUCUUAACUUUGGUGGAAUUGGCGUAGUCAUGGGACAUGAACUGACUCAUGCUUUUGAUGACCAGGGGAGGGAAUAUGACAAGGACGGAAACCUGCGUCCCUGGUGGAAGAACUCUUCUGUGGAGGCCUUCAAGAAGCAAACCCAGUGCAUGGUGGAGCAGUACGGAAAUUACAGCAUCAACAAGGAGCCUUUGAAUGGAAGACACACCCUGGGAGAGAACAUCGCUGACAACGGUGGACUCAAGGCUGCCUACAAGGCUUAUGUGGACUGGAUCAAAAAGAAUGGCGAGGAGGCCACACUGCCAGCACUGGGAAUGACUAACCAUCAGCUGUUUUUUGUAGGAUUUGCCCAGGUAUGGUGCUCUGUAAGGACACCUGAAAGUUCACACGAGGGCGUAAUCACAGAUCCUCACAGUCCGUCAAGAUUUAGAGUCAUUGGCACCAUCUCUAACUCGCAUGAAUUCUCAAAGCACUUUGGCUGCAAAGCAGAUGAUCCCAUGAACCCUAAACAUAAGUGUGAGCUUUGGUGAUGCUUAAUUGCACAGUGCUGUUUAUCAGCAAGGAGUGAAAUGGACGUUGGGGAAAUAAGUUUGCGAUACAGACAAAGUCUCUCUGGACAGGGAACGCAAGAACCAUUGAAUCUCCUACUUCCAUGCCACUUAAUGCUUAUAUAUUACAAAAUGUGCCUGCUCUGAAUGGAGAAUGGCAGUGCUUCUCCACAAGGACGGUUGGUUUUGCGAACAGCUUUCCCCAACUUCUGAAGUUAAAUGUAGCUAUAAUUGCUCUUUUUGAACACUGGAAACCCUACAAAUUGUUGCAAAAAAUGGGGGAACCACUCUCAAAUUGUGUUAUCGGCUUGUUUGUCACAUAAAGUGAUAAAUAAGCAACGUGACAUUUCUUUUACUUGUAACUCUUCACUGUGCUUGGAUCUCUUUCUGUUUACUUUUAUUGUAUUUUAUUUAUGGUCACAGUUUUUUAUUUGAUAGUUAACUCGGGUCCUGCAAGAUUUUUAACCUGAUGGAAGAUGAAAAUGUGUCUUAUGGACAGUUUUUUUAUAGCUGUUUAAGAGUUUGUAUAAAUAUUUUUGUCUUUGAACCCUUGCAAUAUUUCAGAUACAUUUUGUGUACAAUCUGGUCAAACUGUUACAUUUUAUAUAGAGAUAUUGACAUAUUUGUGAUUAAAAAUAAUUUCUGGAUCUCAAGAUGGCAGCGACCCUUUGCUGACAUUUCACUUCUGAAAUGAAAGACCAAUGCUAAUCACAAUUUUUUCCAUUCAGAACCCGGUCAUAUAGGCUAAGCUAUGAUGUGUCAUACCUAUUUUGUAGUAUUUGGAGUUUGUCACAAAUUAUUUUGUAUAGUAAAACCAGUCUUAAAACA